CUGGUUGGAAAACGGCAACGCAGAAGCAACAAUCACAGACUGGGACCCUCCUGUCAAAGACAAAAGGCUUGAAACAUGGGUCAAUCUCAGAGUCAAGAGUCAAACAGAAUUGUUAUCUUGGGGAAAACUGGAGUUGGGAAAAGCGGCGUGGCUAACACCAUAUUUGGAGAAAAAGUGUUCAAAGCAAUCAGUUCUACCAAAUCAGGAACAAGUACAUGUCAAGCAGAAACCAGAUAUGUCCAUGGAAGAAGCAUCACUCUGGUCGACACUCCUGGUUUCUUCGACACAUAUACAUCAGAGGAGAAGCUGAAGUCGGAGAUAAUAAGGUGUAUCAUAGAGUGCGCUCCUGGGCCCAAUGCUUUUCUCAUUGUAUUUAAAGUGCGUCGAUUCACAGAGCAAGAACAGGCUGUCAUCACAAAAAUAAGUCAAUACUUUUUUGAAGAAGUCUUCAAAUACGCAACAGUUCUCUUCACUCAUGGUGACCAGCUCGAUAAAGGACAGACAAUUAAGCAGUUUGUCCAGCAGAACCAGCUUGCGAGGGAUCUUGUGAAGAAGUGCGGAGGCCGCUGCCACGUCAUAGAUAAUAGAUACUGGGAGAACAACCAGCAGGAUGAAUACAGGAGCAACCAGUUCCAGGUGAAGGAGCUACUCAACACAAUAGAUGAGAUGGUAAAGGCAAACAAAGGAAGCUACUACACCAAUGAGAUGCUACAAGGCUAAGCAGUGGAGGAACAAAUACAAAAAGAGGUGGAGCUCAUUUGACAGUCAUCAGGAAACACGUCACAGGAAGAAGUCAGAAAGCAAGCUAAAGACGGAGUGUUUAAAAGGCUUAAGAUCAAUCUGACUCUAAGGACAAGAAAUGAAUGCAUCACCAAGUAUCACAUCUCUAUUGAUAUCGUAUAGAAAUCUUAAUCAAUACGCUGAUCAUUUGUAUUCAUAAGCUUGACUUUGUUGUCUGAACUUCAAGCUUAAUUCAAUUAUUCCCUUUUCAGGAACUUUACUCACAUUAACUUUAGAUUUGAUAUUGUACAUACAUUCCCAAUUUCAUAACCACAUAAUUCAAAAUCAGUUUAAACAUCAUUCAUUAAUAAGAUUCAGUUAGAGGUCAUGUAAAGUAACUUUCUUUUUAAUGUAAUCAUCAAACACUGUUGUUGUUGCUGUAUUUCUGUCUCCUGUUGAAACUUUGCUUACUGUUUUCACACACACACAUAUACACACACACACACACAUAUACACACACACACACACAUAUACACACACACACACACACACACACACACACACACACACACACACACACACACACACACACACACACACACACACAUUAGUUUACUAUGCAUAUUGUCUGGUGUGCCCUCUUUACUUUCUGAUUCAUUCAAACAACAUCUUGUGGCUUCAGAAAUCAGUUUCCUCUCUCUUUUUUCUCUCUGCCGGUUAUUUUUAUAUUUGAUUACUUCCCUCUGUACCCCUGCACCAGGACGGAAC